AUGCUGAGGUGGGGGAUCGUCGGGCGACAGCGCGCCGAUGCGGGCGUUUGUCCCCCGACUUUCUGGGGAAUCGCAGCAACUCCGAUGCGCGUGCGCCGCUUUCUUAAGAGGCCGGCUUCACCGCAGCAAUUUAUUUCACUUACCCUUAUCUCAGAACCUAUUCCCCUCUUACCAACCCUCCCCUCCAACAUGUCGAUGAACUUUGAAGACUGCGGCAAGAUCCGCGAAGGAUAUCCCCGUCCGUUCCCCAACACGCCUACAAAUGUCCUCCAACAACUCAGUCUGAGCGGCAAGGUUGCGGUCGUCAACGGUGCGUCCGACGGAAUUGGUCUGGCUGUCGCCGAAGCCAUGGCUGAGGCAGGCGCCAACGUCGCGCUGUGGUAUAACUCAAACAACGCCGCUGUCGACAGAGGCAAGGAGCUCACCGCUGCUCAUAACAUUAAGACCUCUGCCUACAAGGUCGACGUCUCGAACGCCAAUUCUGUGAGCAACACAAUCACCAAGGUGGUAGAGAACUUUGGUAGGAUUGAUAUUUUUGUCGCCAACGCUGGAAUGGCCAUUUCCAAGCCCAUUCUCGAACAGACCCUGGACGAGUAUCACAAGCAGAUGUCGGUCAACGUCGACGGCAUCGUCCACUGCUCCAAGUUCGUCGGCGAAGUCUUCAGGCGCCAAGGCUUCGGCAACCUCAUCAUCACCUCCAGCAUGAGCGCCCACAUCGUCAACGUCCCCACCGACCAGCCCGUCUAUAACGGCACCAAAGCCUUCGUCACCCACUUCGGAAAGUCGCUUGCGCGGGAGUGGCGGGAGUUUGCCCGUGUGAACAUUGUCUCGCCGGGCUUCUUCGACACCAAGAUGGGUGCCAGCCCCUCAUGCGUGAAUGAGGCCUACCGCAUGUCGGCCCUCGGACGCCAGGGUCACACCAAGGAGAUUAAGGGUCUGUAUCUCUACUUGGCUAGUGAUGCCUCGACAUAUAUGACCGGUAGUGAUGUGCUUAUUGAUGGUGGAUAUGUUUUGCCCUGA